AUGGNCAAAGAAAUCUAAACUAAGGCUUUUGAAUAGAAAGAGGAGGAUUAUAGAAAUCAAAUUUCUAAUUUACAUUCUGAGAAUAGUGGGUUAAAAUUUGAGAUAAACAAUUUAUAAAUCCAAUUAUAAUAAAUUUAAAAAAACAAAACUGAAUUUGAAAACUAGUUGAAGGAGAAAAUAAAUAGCUAAUAUGAAUCGGAAGUAUAUCGACUAACAGAAGAUAGGGUUUCAUUAUUAAAAAAAACAUCAUUUUUACAAUAAUAGAAUUCUAAUUAUGCUGUAAAACUCGAAGAGAAAGAAUAAGAAAAUUAAGAGUUAAAGAAAUAGCUUGAAGAGUAAAAAAAAAACACAGAAGAAAUGAGAUUACUUUAUGCCAAAUAGAAUGAGCAAUCAGAUAAAUUAAAUAAACAUAUUGAUGACUUAAAUGCUUAAAUUUUAGGUUUGAAAAGAAAAGAAUUUGAUUAAAAUAUGAAUUAAACUAAUGUUUAAACUCAUAGUUAAACUAAUGUUAACAAAGAAUUAUAAGAGAACAAUAUCUAAAUUAGAAAUAAUCUUUUACAUAAGGAGAAAGAACUAUUUCAUUUAAAACAAAAGUUUGUAGAAGUGAAUCAAUUAAAAAUUGAAUACUUUGAUUAGAUGUAGAAUUACGAAAGAAUUAACAAAGAAAUUAAUCAAAGUCUUAAAUAAUAUGAGGGAUAGGAAAUUCAUUAAUUAAAGUCUUUUUAUGAAGAAAAGAUCUCAUUAUUAGAAUCAACUCAUGAAGAAUAAAUGAAUCGAUUGUUAUCAUAAUUUUAGCAAAAUCAACCAUACUAAUUGGAGUAACAAACUACAAAUCAGCACUAAUAAUUUAGAGAAAGCUAACCUAAUGAAGAAAAGCAAACGAUUGAUGAACAUUAAUAAGAAUAAAGUGUUUCAUAAGUUGAUGAUUGCGCAAUAUUCUGA